CGGGCAUAGUUACCAAAGAAAUAGAACCAUAGUUUAAAACCAAUAGUUUUCAUGGUUUAAGAGAAAUAAAACUUAAGUGGUAUGCGGAUUUUUGUAAGGAUUGAAGAUGAUGUUUGAGCUACAUGAGAUACAAGUAAUGUAAGACAAUUUCAUAGUUAACUGGAUAUAAUAAUAUUAUAUAUUAAACAUUACUCUGCGUAUUAUGCUAGUUAUAAAUGAUUUUUUAAAGGUUAUAUGUCCCAAUAUGAAAGGUUGUAAGCUGAUAAAUCAGGAGCUGCUAAGCUGUGAUCUGAUAUUGAUACCUAAUGAAUACUAGUAUAUAAUAUAUAUACUGCACAACUUCUUGAUUCAAUUUAAGAAAAAAAGAAGAAAGAAAAUAAUCCGUACAAUUGCAGCAUCUGUGUAAUUUUAUUUUAUAUAAACGUCACGAUUAUCCAAUAAAAAUUGCGGCUUUAAAACACCCGAAAUCAAGACGUGAGUGGAGAUAAAGAAGUGGAGAUAUUGAAGUUAAAUUCACGAAUGACGGUUUGACUGGGACGAUUUUAUGAACCGUAUACAAUGUACUUGUAUUUGAAUCAGAUCAUAAUCAUAUACGUUGUGCAUAAAUAGAGCAGUCGAAUUUUUACAUGACUAACUAACUUAUAAAUAUAGAGUAGAUUAUCAAUAUCAUCAAAAGGGAAAUGGAUACUUUGUCAAUAUAUUUAAGCGAUAUUUUUGAAGUUGCACAGGAGCAAAGAUUUGUUAUCGCAUGUAUUUUAACGUCAGCAUGUGGAAUAUUUGCAUUGAGAAGAUACGCGGCCGGUGGCGUAUGCAGAUGUCGUACUGACAUGACCGGGAAAACCGUGCUGAUCACUGGAGCUAAUACAGGCAUUGGAAAAGAAACAGCGCGUGAUCUGGCUCGCAGGGGGGCACGUGUUUUGUUGGCAUGUCGUGAUAUUGUAAAGGCAGAAAAAGCAGCGGAGGACAUCCGAAGAUCAACCGGAAGUGAUGAUGUUGUUAUAUAUAAUCUUGAUCUGGCAUCAUUGACGUCAGUUCGUCAAUGUGCGGAACAAGUCAUAAAUAAUGAGCCCCGGCUAGACGUUCUGAUUAAUAAUGCUGGUGUUAUGAUAAUGCCAUAUUGCAAGACUGAAGACGGAUUUGAGAUGCAAUUUGGAACCAACCAUCUUGGUCAUUUCUUGCUUACGAAUCUUCUAUUAGAUUUACUGAAGAAAUCGGCCCCAAGUAGAAUUAUAAAUGUAUCUUCGUCGGCGCACCGAAUGGGACAUAUCAACUUUGACGAUUUGAACGGAGAAAAGAGCUAUUCUCGUGUCGGAGCCUAUGCCCAGAGUAAAGCAGCAAAUAUAUUAUUCACAAGAGAGUUAAGUAAACGUCUUAAAGGUACAGGUGUUACAGCCAAUUCUCUCCACCCAGGACUUAUAAAUACCGAGUUAUUACGGCAUGCACCAUUACUAUCACGAAUAAUCGGAUUUCCUGUGCCAUAUUUGGUUUUCAAAACAGUAGCACAAGGCGCACAGACGACAAUUCACUGCGCGGUUUCUAAGGAACUGGAUGGUGUGUCCGGAAAAUAUUUCAGUGACUGUGUUAUUAAGGAAGAAGCAUCACAGGUUCAACAAGAUGACACUGCACUCAGAUUAUGGAAGAUAUCAGCACAAAUGACUAAAAUCACAGACACAUGAUAGCGUGUUAUUAAUUAAUUAAUGCAUGCAUGUCCCCUUAUUUCGGAUGUUUCAUAAAGAUCCAUAUAGGACUAGAAUGUUUCGAAAGAAUACCACAGACAAGAACAUAUUAAAUGUGUUUUUAUGAACUCUGGCUUAAGAUGUAAUGAAAUAAGUUUAUUCAACUAAGGAUUACUAACAAUUGUAUUAGUUUAUUUAACUAAGGAUGACUAACAAGUGCUUUCGGAUACAUGAGUAAGACUUGAGUUACAUUUGGACAAGUCAAAAUGACAAAGGAAUAAAGCACAUAAAGGAUAACUUUUGAACUAAAAACAAACCAAAAUACAUAACAUACUCACAGCACUGUCGUAUGGAUAAUCUAAAGAUAUGAUGAUCAAACUUGUUAAUUAAAUUAACUUCAAAGUACCUCAACAAAGCACAAGAAUAAUCUCCUUACGUUACGAUUUGGUGAUCAACCUUUCUAAAUAGCAGAUUAGCUAAAAGCCCAACAUAAACUGCUGAAAAAAGAAAAGUUAUCGGUGUAGCGAUGUGACAUAGCCAGAGUUGUCACCAGAACUCUGUUGUACCGGUAUAUCAACAGCAUUUUGUUUGUCACUUAGGCUACUUUAUAUCUUAGAGAAAACAUGAAUACAUAGGUUGAUAAUAAGCUAGAUAUUUUGAUAUUUUACUUUAAAUGCCCGUUAUUUGA